GAGAUAAUGUUCGUCGGCGAAAUACUUCAUGGAGAUGGGUUUGAAAAUAUGCGAUUUGGCAUGGCGUGUAGCUGGCAGUUGAUAUGGGAUGAUUCGUGGAUACUGCUAGAGGGUGACGUCCAUGGGCAAACGCAAACGGCGUCGUCAUCCUUUGCCCAUUGCGCUCCAUGGAACCACCCUCUUGAUGCUCAUUUCGCGGCACGGUCUCCUCUUGGUUGGCCCAAGCUUGAGGUGCAAGUUCACCAACUUGACGAGCAUGGCUGUUCGCGCCUGGCCGGUUAUGGUUUCUGUCAUCUGCCGACAACUUCAGGUCCUUCCGAGCUGUCAAUUUGUUGUUGGCGGCCGACUGGAUCCAUGCGAGAUGAAGUAACAGAGUUUUUUGUGGGUAACACGGCGAAACUCACAAACCGCGACGUGAUAUGUACAAAGUCUGCUUGGGCAAAUCGCUGUCGUCUGGUUACUGUUCCAGUUGGGAAGGCAAAUUUCGGCGUAUCGUCCAUGUUUUCUAGAUGA